GAGAUAGAUAUUCGAAAUUCAAAGUUUCAAGUAUGGGCAUUAAUGAAAGAAAAGGAAAGGAUGGCAGAAGGCAUUGGAGGCUAUUUAUGAGGAAUUCACGUUGAUUAUUUAAAUAGGUUAGAAUUGAUAUGAGUUCAAAAUGUGUAGUGUAGCAGAGGCAGUAGGGAAUUUGCAGGUUGAUUUUGAAGUUGAAAGAAGAAACAGGUGACAGAAGAAGAGGUAGGUAAAAUACAUCCAUAGAGAUUGGGAUCACGUAACUCCCAAACUCCUUACAUCUCUGCUACCACACUGUCCUAAACUCUGUCAGAUAUGCUGUCUAUUCAAAUUUAAUGCUCUGCCCCUUAUCACGCCCCCAUUUAAUAUCCGCAUCUUCUUAUAUCCUCACCCAACUCCACCAUUCCAAUUUCCAUCCCUUUCUAUGGCUUCAUCAAAACCCAAAUCAGGGAAAAGACUCGCAGAAUUUCUAAAGGAACAACAAGACCCUUUCAUCCUUGACCUUUACCUUCUAGAAAGAGGCUACUCAACCUAUGGAGAAUCCGCCAAGAACAAAAAGAGAGAACCUCUAUUUCAAUUUUCCAAACUUCUUACUACUCUACACAAGAAGCUUCUUUUCCACAACCCUACCUGUAUUCUUAUCAGGGAAUCUCACAUCAUAAAUCAACACCUUCUUCAUACUGUCCCUCGUCAACCCGAAAGCACUGAUCAAACAAUCGAAGACACGGAUCGCUUCUCAUCCUCAACCGCCACCAACUCAACCCUCUACCUCUCCUGCUCCGACUCCGAUGAGGACGGAACCGCGCUGUCGCCACAGAAAAACAAAGCUUUGUUUUUUCCAAACACUUGCCACGCUUCGAAUACUGGAAUACCGCAGAGCCAACAGACUACCGACAAUGAAAAGCACGAGCAGAGAUGCUUAGAAGGAGACCCUGUUCCAGAAUGUGGGAGUAGAACAGUUUCUGUAACGGAGGAGGCGACGUUGAAGCAGGAUGUUUCGGGAAUGGAAGAGAGAAGGAGCAGUUGCUGUGUGUUUGUACCGAAGAAAAUGACGGAGGAUUCGGUGUUAUCGGUGACUCUGUGGAGUUCGUUUAUUCAGUCGGCGAAGAGAGAAAAGUGUAGCAAGGAAUUGGGAGAGCUCCUUGGGGCAAACGCAAACGUUUGUCACGUCUUGAAGUCUAAAACUCUUUUGCAUAAGCUAAAGCAGGUGGUGUUUUAUUGCGUGAGAGAAAUUAGCGUAAAUGUUUGGAGAAAAGAGUGUAAGGAACACCAAUGUUUGAAAGAAUCAAGGGGACGCGAGGAGUUAGGGAAGAUCAUAUGUAUGAGGACAAGGGAAUUGGGUGGAAAUGAGAGAAACAGAAUAGCCAGAUUACUGAGUUUGGAUGAAUGGAGUGAAUUUAAGCCUCAAGUGAGACAUAUUUGCGUUGAGAUUGCGGACGCUCUUUUGGAGCGCUUGACCAUGGACAUUGUAGCAGAGAUGAUUCAACUUUACUCUGUUCCAAAACUUUAAUUCAUUUCGAUUGCAAAUGUAACUCCUUCUCAAACAUUGCCGUUUUUCACAAUUGAAAAAUUAAACGUGCAAUCAUCCCUUCACUUCCUCCCGCAAUGGUGUAUGCUCACCUUUUUUUUAUUAUUUAUUAAUCCUGCAUAGUACAAUGGAAUUUCACUGCA